GGAGCUUGAUGGCUUCAGCACGCCAGGAAAGGCCAGUGCCAUGCUCAUUGCUGCUACCAACCGAAAGCAGGAUUUAGAUCAGGCCUUCGUGAGUCGAAUCGACACGUCAGUCGAGUUUGCUCUACCAGAUGAGGCCAGCAGGGCUGCCAUAUUCGGCUUAUAUGCCCGGCAGCUAUCUCAGAAGGACUGCGAGCAGUUGGCCAAGGUCUCGUCAGGUUUGAGUGGACGUAAUAUCAAAGAUGCAUGCCAGGAUGCCGAGAGGAGAUGGGCGGCAGCUAGGUUCAGAGAGCUCUCGAAAGAGAAUGUAAUAGAGGCGCCAUUCCUCGGGAUGGACUGA